CGCGCGCGCUUUGCUUGUUGUUCCGUUCUGCUCUCGGGGUCUCUGGUGAGUGUGUGCUACUGCGCAUGCUCAGAUCUCUCGGCUGUGCAGCUGCUGGAAGGUGGAUUCAAAUACCUAUAUACCUAAUGGAUAUAAAGGUGACUACGUCAUGGAGCGACCGCCUUCAGCAUUACGCAGACCUCCCAGCAAACAUGGAUGGCUUGGCGAUGAAGAAAUACAGACGUGAGGCAUAUCAUAGAGUAUUCGUCAACAGAAGUUUGGCAAUGGAGAAGAUCAAAUGCUUUGGUUUCGACAUGGAUUACACUUUAGCAGUGUAUAAAUCUCCAGAAUAUGAAUCCUUGGGUUUUGACCUGACUGUUGAGCGACUGGUUUCUAUCGGCUACCCGCAGGAACUGCUCAGCUUUGUGUACGAUCCAUCCUUCCCCACCAGAGGUCUGGUGUUUGACACGUUGUACGGUAACCUGCUGAAGGUGGAUGCCUAUGGAAACAUCCUGGUGUGUGUCCAUGGCUUUAACUUCCUGCGUGGGCCUGACAUCCGAGAGCUCUAUCCCAACAAAUUUAUCCAGCGUGAUGACACCGAACGCUUCUACAUCCUUAACACUCUCUUCAAUCUGCCAGAAACCUACCUCUGUGCAUGCCUCGUUGACUUCUUCUCAAACUGUGACCGGUACUCGAGCUGUGAGACAGGCUUCAAAGAUGGAGACCUCUUCAUGUCCUUCAAGAGCAUGUUCCAGGACGUGCGGGACGCCGUCGACUGGGUCCACUUUCAGGGAACUCUGAAGGAAAAAACAGUAGAGAAUCUGGAGAAAUACGUGGUAAAAGAUUCCAAGCUGCCUCUGCUGCUCAGCCGCAUGACCGAAGUUGGCAAAGUGUUCCUGGCCACCAACAGUGACUACAAAUACACAGAUAAAAUCAUGACCUACCUGUUUGAUUUCCCUUACGGCCCAAGGCAAGGCCUUCCACAUCGCCCGUGGCAGUCUUACUUCGAUCUCAUCCUGGUGGACGCACGGAAGCCACUGUUCUUUGGCGAGGGAACUGUAUUGAGACAGGUCGAUACGACAACCGGGAGGCUCAAGAUUGGAACAUAUACUGGCCCUCUGCAGCAUGGCAUAGUCUACUCUGGAGGCUCCUCGGACAUCGUGUGUGACCUGUUGGGUGCUAAAGGGAAGGAUAUCCUCUACAUCGGGGACCACAUCUUUGGAGACAUUCUGAAAUCCAAAAAGCGCCAAGGUUGGAGGACGUUCCUGGUGAUCCCCGAACUCGCCCAGGAGCUACACGUCUGGACCGACAAGAGCUCGCUGUUUGAAGAGCUCCAGGGUCUGGACAUUUUCUUAGCAGAGCUGUACAAGCAUCUGGACAGCAGCAGCAACGAGAGGCCGGACAUUAGUGCCAUCCAGAGGCGAGUGAAGAAAGUGACCCAUGACAUGGACAUGUGCUACGGUAUGAUGGGGAGUCUGUUCCGCAGCGGCUCUCGCCAGACCCUGUUCGCCUCGCAGGUGAUGCGCUACGCCGACCUGUACGCUGCUUCCUUCAUCAACCUGCUGUACUACCCAUUCAGUUACCUGUUCAGAGCUGCACACGUGCUGAUGCCACAUGAGUCGACGGUGGAGCACACACACGUGGACACGGACACCGAGUCGCCGUUGGCUACACGCAACCGCCACUGUGUCGACUGCAAAGAAAUAGACUGCAAACGCAGCCAGUUGACUCGCUCCCUGAGCGAAAUUAAACCCCCUAAACUCUUCCCCCAGGCUCCACAGGAGAUCACACACUGCCACGAUGAAGACGAUGAUGAGGAGGAGGAGGAGGAGGAGGAGGAAUAGAUGACUCUCCUUCAAUCAGGCCUGAACUUUUCAUUUCCCUAAGGGAAGCAUUUAACUUUAGUCAAGGGAACAAUAGUGAGUGAUUUUAAGACGAAGAAGAAUUUAAAUAGAGUUUAACUAUAUAGACUUUUUAACUGUAUGAGAAUGUGUAGCAUGUGAGAGUCAAGUUCAAACAGUUUAUGCAUCAAAGUUUAACUUGGCUAAAGAACCACCUGAAAAUGUUUCUGUUGAUCGGUUUGCUGUGCUUGAAUUAACUAACUAACAACUUCUGACUAACAGCUAGAAGGAAAACAGCAAAACGCAGUAAAUUAUGGUAAGCUGCGUAUAUCAAUUCAACCUGAUGUAAGGCAUGUAUUCUGACGAGUCUGCAAAUGUCAGAGAUGCACAAGUCAUUUUUGAAGGUCAAUCACAUGAAAAAUGAUCACACAAGCAGCUGCGCUUCAUAUUAGAUCAGUUCCAGCCUGUUAAUUGUUAAUUGUUUAGAUAUCUAACCUGAAACACAUUAUAUAUCAUACUGUACGUUACAGUACCAGUCAAAAGUUUGGACACCCCGACUCAUUCAUAGCUUUUCUGUAUUUUGUAUUUACAUUGUCGAACAAUACUGAAGACAUCAAAACUAUGAAAUAACACAUGGAACGUAUAUCGUAAACAAAAAGAGUUUCAUAUUUUAGAUUCUUCAAAGUAAUUAGCGUUUACCUUUGCACACUAUAAGCGUUCUCUUAACCAGCUUCAUGAGGUCGUCACCUGGAACGCUUUUCAGUUAACAGCUGUGCCUCGUCCAAAGUUAAUUAGUGGACGAGUUUCUUGCCGCCUUCAUGCGUUUGAGAUCAAAUAGUAAAUAAUAAAUAUACAGUACACUACCGUUCAAAAGUUUGGGGUCACUUUGAAAUGUCCUUAUUUUUGAAAGAAAAGCACUGUUCUUUUCAAUGAAGAUCACUUUAAACUAAUCAGAAAUCCACUCUAUACAUUGCUAAUGUGGUAAAUGACUAUUCUAGCUGCAAAUGUCUGGUUUUUGGUGCAAUAUCUCCAUAGGUGUAUAGAGGCCCAUUUCCAGCAACUCUCACUCCAGUGUUCUAAUGGUACAAUGUGUUUGCUCAUUGCCUCAGAAGGCUAAUGGAUGAUUAGAAAACCCUUGUACAAUCAUGUUAGCACAGCUGAAAACAGUUGAGCUCUUUAGAGAAGCUAUAAAACUGACCUUCCUUUGAGCAGAUUGAGUUUCUGGAGCAUCACAUUUGUGGGGUCGAUUAAAUGCUCAAAAUGGCCGGAAAAAUGUCUCGACUAUAUUUUCUAUUCGUUUAACGACUUAUGUUGGUAAAUAAAAGUGUGACUUUUCAUGGAAAACAAAAUUGUCUGGGUGACCCCAAACUUUUGAACGGCAGUGUACAUAAAUAGCCCUAUUCAACACCACAACUGUAGUAAUCCAUCGAGUAUUGGGUCAAGAACCGCUCAACCAAGUAAAGAGAAACGAUAUUCAUCAUUACUUUUAAUAUAUGAAGUGUCUUUUAAUUAAUAAAAAUAAAAAAACAUUGAAUUCGAUGGUGCGUCCAAACUUUUGACUGGUACUGGAGUUAGAAAUGCACGAUGUUCAAACAGGCAAUUAUUUUGACCUUGUAUACUGUAAAUAAUCCCACUGGGUUCCCUUUGUUUCUGGACUCGCGUUUUAAUUUUUUUCAAAUCUUUUUUUUUUUUUUAAUGCAAGCCUUUUUGUUUCAUUUGAACAUCAUUUGCCUGUCCAGCAGUUUUUGGCUAAAUGCUGCCUCAUCCAGGACUUGAAGGGAAGUGGAAAGCAUGUGUGUUGGCAUGAUGUGGUUCUUAUUAGAGAGCUGUUCAUGAUAGGAAUGUAAAUGAAGUCCGGAGGGGGGUUGCAGCGCGCCGUGACGGCCAAAGUGACGGCAACGAAAGAAUGCCACUAACACAAGCGCCCUGUUACUUAGCAACCGCUGUGCCAGGCGAAACACAUAUGGCUAGUUAGAUUUUUUUUUUUUUUAAAGCAGUGAUGUCAACUGCCAAGUAUAGUGCAUGCAGCAAAGCAAGCUGUCAACAGAGGCACUUUUUCUCAUUCACUCACGUGCACUACAAAGUAUCGACGUAUUUUUAUACUCGACAUCUCCGUUUGCGGAGAUACACUACCAAAACGUUCAUCUUUCCAGUGCCAUAUUGCUGACGCAGUCAUUUCUUGCCAUACCAUUUGCCACGCCGUGCAUAUAAGUGACCUUGAUAUGCAAAAAAACCUCUUGUAAAUAGUGUACUUUAUAGCUGGUGUGAGUAGAGAAUUGAAAGCUAUAUGUGUGUGUGUGUGUAUAUAUAUAAACAUCAGAUUUAGUGUGCGUUAAGCUCAGCAGAUCUUGCAGUUAGAGUAGUUCAGGUUAGCGUACGACAUCACUGGAGAGUUUUCUCCCGUGAGGACCAAUAGCGUUAAGAGCACUCUGACCAGUGAUCUUUCAACUCAGCAAGGUCCCUAUAGCAGAGGUGCCAACAUCUACGGUAAAGCCGGAGCAGUUACUAUUUUUGACCUUUUGCUAAGCCGAUAUGGGAUGCACGUAAAAAGCUAAACGAUCAUGAAUAAAAUUUUGCCUGACAGGAAAGCAAAGGACGUGAAAGACAUUCGUUUGCUUCUGGUAACGGUUGUAUGCACCAACUUUUAUAUUGGUGUACUUUGAUCAGUGAAUUCACACCCCUCUGUUUUGUCAGCCAGUAGAAAACAAGUAGGCAGAACUGCAGUCUAAAAUGGAAGAGCUGCUUAUUUAUUUCCGCUGCUUAGCGCACCUUUGAAAACAAGUAGCCUUCUCAUCCGCCAACAUGCACAAGGCCGGGGGUAUUCAACUACAAUUAAGUGUUUUCCCCUACCAUUAUAUUGGGUGGGGCAAUGGGACCCCACGCCCCCCUGAAAGUCCCCCCCCCCCCACACACACACACACACACACACAAAUAUUUUAAGGUUAAAAAAAAAAAAUAGGUGUGCAGGCACUACAACCACGCAGAAAGAGUGCCUGCUGAAAAACACGAGAGGUGCAGGCACUAGGACCAUGCAGAAACAUCUCCCACUCGAGCUGCCAUUUCCCUGUCCGCUUCGCUCUCCUCUCCUGCGCUCAAAAACAAUUCAAACGAUUCGAUCCGAACAAUAGUUAGCAAUGUCAAAAUUUCUCGAAGCUUGGCAAAAGGCCUUGUUAUAUGACGGUAAAUACGCGUAUUGCGAUUUAGGCCCACUUUACACGGGGACGGUAUAAAACAAAAACGCAAAAGUCCGUUUUCGUUCUCACUUUUUUCUGCGUCUACACGACCGUUUUCAAGGAGGAAAUCUGCAUCUAUACGGUGACGCAUAAAUGUCUCCGCUAUGUCUGCAUGCAUGCGCAACAUCUUCCGUCUUGACAGAACAGCGGCGCAGAUCAGACAAGUUAUCCUACCAAGCCUACUACGCAUGCGCGAAAUCCAGGAGGGUAGGAAAAUUCAACAGUAGUUUUGUCCCACCGAUCAGCUGGGCUGAUAGAAAAUCGGUGAGAAUUUCACGCAUUUGCCGAUUUUUGUUUUGUGCGUAUUGGUCGAGUCUUUGGCCGAGUCAAAUAAUUUGUAAUGACUUGUUUUAAAUAAUAAAACGGUCUGUAUGAGAACUUGCUAGGAUAACUUUACAGAACACCGGUCCGGCUGAGGUACUGUAGUGCUCGAGGGAGGAGCAGGAGCAAACCGAAACUCUUUUAAUCUGCCUUUAUUAAGUAACACUCACUCUUGUUUCGGUGAAGAAGAGAAAAGGCAGUGUCCAUCUCAGCAAAAUAAACCCGUUCGGCUGCUAGUUUUGUUUUCAGUCUCGGGUUUAUGAUUUCACGAGCGGCUUGAAUAGGCGGCGCGCGCGUGCGUGUAACUUGGCGACACCAAACUGAGGAGCUCCAGCCGGGCGGGUGAGCAGGAAAACACAUCUACUGCAUUAAAACACAGAGCAGCUUGAAGGUCCGUUGGAUCGAUGUAAUCAGACAUGCUCUUACUUUUUUACUUACUUUCUUACUUCCCGGGCUGGCAUGUGCAGUAUAUGACAUAUGUAUGACGUAAACGCAUACCCGACGUGAGCAGAUCCGAGCAGAGUUUCGCGUAUUGGGUAGUUUAGACGGAUAUGCAACGGGGGCUGUUUUUAACUUAUCCACUCUGGAAGGCGUUUUCAAUUUUAUCCGUUUUUCAGCCUCGGAAACGCCGUCCCCGUGUAAACGAAAGGCACUUCCGAUAAAAUAUUUAGUCAUUUUUACCCGACAGCGUCCUCGUGUAAACGGCCCUUAGUUUGUGAAAAUUUUCCCAGAGUUUUGACCCUUGAUUAAAUAACUUUGUACUUUGAUGAUUUCAUGAGGGUGUACGUUCUUCUGAAAUCAACUCCUCUCACAAUUUGUGGAGGAAUUUCACCAAACUUGACAAAAGGCUUUGUUAUAUGACGGUUAUACGCAGAUUGAAAUUUUGUUUAAUUUGGGAAAAUUUGACCAGAGUUAUGCCCUUGAUUAUUAACAAACUCGUACGUUGGCAAUUUCAUCAAGGUGUGCUUGCUUUCUGAAAUCAACUUCCCUCACCAUUUUUUGAGGAAUUUUCAUGUAAUUUGGCAAAAAGGCCCAAAGGGGGAUUAUGUCGUGGCACUGUCCGUCCAUCCGUCCGUCCUGGGGAGGGUGCUCACCUUCUGAAAUCAACUCCUCUCACAGUUUUUGGAGGAAUGUCACAAAACUUGGCAGGAUUCUUUGUUAUAUGUCAGUAAUACGCAUGCUGUAAUUUCGUUCAAUUCAGUCACAUUUUACAAGAGUUAUGGCAGAGUUGCCAGCGGGGGAUAUUGUGCUCUCAGAGCACUCUUGUUCGCUCAAUACAUAAAUCAGAAUAGUGACGGGGAGUGAAGACACAUUACAGAAAGAAGAAAUAAGCUCUCUGAAUUUAGAAUUAUAAAUGAAUUAAACUGUAAAUGGUUCAUAUGCCAUUUUAAUCUACAAAUCUCUACAGUGCAACACUUUUUCAUUCAAAAGUGUUUUUAUUUGGAAAUAAUUUCUUGUGUCUGUAACUCGGCACAUUCGGUAAAAAUUGUUCUAAUUAUCGCUCUAAAAUAAAUGUGAAGACUUUAAAUAUGACUCCUAUAACUGUUUGUUCAGGUCCAAAUGCUCUGUAAUAGGAGCCGUGGGGAGGGAAGGGUCCUGCAGGUGACCAGACUCAUCCAGCAGCAACAAAUUCCCCUCCAAAAAAAAAAAACCCAGUAAACAUGGGGGAAACACUGCAAUUUGUAAAGGUCCAGUCUGUAAAGCUCCAGCUGGAUAAGUGACUGACAUGACUGAAUGGCGAUAACAGUUGUCCAUUCAUGAUAGGUUUACGUCUGUAAAUAAAACAAACCAAAGUGGGUGUAUUUUGCUUCGCACUGGCGCUUCACGGUCACGCUUUUGACUCAAGCCACGGACUCGGAUGAGAUCCGUUUGGAAUAAAGACGCUUCUCUGUCCAAUUAUCUUUGUCAGCCCAUGUUGUCAGUUUGUUUAACAGAAGUGAUAAGCCCUAUUAUUCUAUCCACAUUCAUUGGAUGUGAGCAAUCAGGCUCUGAUUGGCUAUUUUACUACUCGGAUAUCAGCUCAUAUACCGUGAGUAGAGAAAAAUAAAAUGGCCGAGUGUGUUGCUGAAUCAACCGAGGACGAAAUAAAAACUCUACUCAAAAACAAAACCCCAAAAAAUAAGAAGCAACAAAAUAUGGAAUAAAAGUAUUUGAUGGUAAGAACGUAUCUUUUUUUUUUUUUUUUUUCAAGAAUUAUUAUUAUCGUGGGCGGCACGGUGGUGUAGUGGUUAGCGCUGUCGCCUCACAGCAAGAAGGUCCCUAUUUUUCCAAGUACUUGAUUAAAUACUUUCCUGGGUCUGUAUCCGGACCAGUUGACAAGCCCGGGUCAAGGCUUUUGUCGUAAAUUUCUGUUUGUUUUUUCCUCUUUGUCCGCUGUGACGUCUUUUUAGCAAUGUUGGUGCCUCUGCUAUAGAAUUGAACCGGAAGCAAUAGAUAGAGUAGAUUUGUAGGGUUUUUUGUUUGUUUGUUUGUUUCCUUAUAGUAAUGAAAAUUAUAUUUGAUAGAAGGAAAAUGAUCGAAUUACUGAACAGGUCUGUGAACAGUGAGUCUAUCUGUCUCUUACAGGAGGAGUUAGACCAAAAACCUGACAUCAUGUAACUAUCAAGAUGUAAGAUGCAUUAUGCGUUCACGUUACAGCACGAAUUAGGGCUUACUUACGGAAGCCACGAGAGGCCCUUCGUAUAAUCUUUUUUUUUUAUUCCCGAGAUAACGACAUAAUUAAUUCAGGAUCUC